CUCUUGCAUAUAGGCUGGUGUCUUUACCCCGGAAUCGGACGAUGGGCCGAACAUCCCGGUUAAAGAUGAACUUAUACCAGGUUUGAGACGUUGUUCUCGUCCUCUUUUCACCCGCAGCCGAGUGUUUACUCCGGUCAGACAUGGAGAAAGUUGUCGUUGUAACCGGGGCGAACAGUGGCAUUGGCCUAGCCCUGUGUGAAAGGCUGCUGACUGAGGACAGCCAGCUCCGGCUGUGUCUGGCCUGCAGAAACAUGCAGCGGGCCGAGGCCGCUCGCUCUGCUCUGCUGACCUCUCACACCGACGCCCAAGUAGAUUUACUGCACCUCGAUGUGGGCUCUGUGCAGUCAGUGCUCACUGCUGCUCAGCAGAUCAAGUCCAGGUACAGAAGAAUUGAUUUUCUGUAUCUAAAUGCAGGAAUUAUGCCCAACCCGCAAGUGAAUAUCAAAGCAUUUUUCAAGGGUCUGUUCUCCAGGAAGGUCAUCCACAUGUUUGCGACAGCAGAGGGCCUCUUAACUCAGCAGGACCUCCUUAACUCAGAUGGUCUGCAGGAAGUUUUCACCACCAACCUCUUUGGUCAUUUUCUCCUGAUCAGGGAGCUGGAACCUCUGCUGUGUGAGGCAGGUCACACGUCCAGGAUAGUGUGGACCUCCUCGAGUAACGCCCGCCGCUCUGCCUUCAGCAUGGAGGACAUGCAGCACAGAAAUGGGACAGAGCCCUACAGCUCAUCCAAGUACGCGUCAGACAUGCUCAGCCUGGCACUCAACAGACACAAGAACAGCCAGGGGCUCUUCUCCUCUGUAAUCUGUCCAGGACUGGUGAUGACUAAUCUGACCUAUGGCAUCCUCCCCUCCUGCUUCUGGACUCUCAUCAUGCCCAUCAUGUGGCUGAUUAGAUUCUUCACCAACACAUUCACACUUACACCGUACAACGGAGCAGAGGCACUGCACUGGCUGUUUAUCCAAAAGCCAGAGUGUCUCGAUCCAAGAGCAAAAUAUCACAGUUUAACAUCGGGAUUUGGAACGAACUACACUCAACCUCGACAGAUGGACAUUGAUGAGGAAAUGUCUGAAGUGCUGUAUUCACAGCUUCUUGAACUUGAAAAAGUUGUCAGAAAGAAACUGAGUGAGAGGCAUGCUGACAGAGAAGCUAAAGCACCAUGAGAGAGAGCAGAAUUUUUGUAAACCAUAAUCAGCAGGCUUCUUACCUUACAAGCUGUCAUCAGUGGCUGCUUCUAGCACAGAUCAUACGUCGUGAUGCACAGUUUGCUGACUGCCCUGGCUUGUGUAAAUAAACCAAACAGCUCUUAGGUCUCUCUUACCGUAGAGGCCUGUGUUUUUUGUAAUGCAAUCAGUUUAUGCAGACUUUUAACUGAUGUUUGAAUAAUAAAUAUAAACCUUUUUAAUCCAC